AUGGUUACCCAACAAAAGAGUCUCAAAGACGUGAAGAACCAGAAACUACUGCGCACCCAGGGCCUCAUCAAUGGCGAAUGGAUCUCCUCGUCCUCUUCCAAAGCCACAUUCGAUGUCAUCGACCCGGCCACCCUCGACCACCUCGCCACUCUCCCCGAAAUGAACAAGACCGACGUAUCCCAAGCCAUCGACGCCGCCCACACAGCCUUCAAAUCCUACAAAAAAACCACAGCUCGCUCCCGCGCCCGUCUCCUCCGCAAAUGGAACGACCUCUGCCUCUCCAACGCCGACGACCUCGCCCUAAUCAUGACACUCGAAAACGGCAAAACCCUCACAGAAUCCAAAGGCGAAAUCCUCUACGCCUCUUCUUUCCUCGAAUGGUUCGCGACCCAAGCUGAAAUGACUCACGGCGAAGUCGUCCCGCCCGCGAAUCCUAAUCAGAGAAUCGUGACGUUUAAGCAACCUGUUGGUGUAGCGGCUUGUCUUGCUCCGUGGAAUUUUCCUGCUGCGAUGAUUACGAGGAAGUGUGGUGCUGCUUUGGCGGCGGGUUGUACGACUGUUUGGAAACCUGCGGGUGAGACGCCGUUGACUGCUUUGGCGUUGGCUGUGCUCGCUGAAGAAGCGGGGUUUGAGAAGGGUGUGAUUAAUGUUAUAACGAGUUUGACAACUGUCGCUGAAGUCGGAGAGGAAUUGUGUACGAAUCCGAAAGUUCAUAAGGUAUCUUUCACGGGGUCUACGAGGGUGGGGAAAUUAUUGAUGAAGCAAUGCUCGUCAACGUUGAAGAAACUCUCGUUGGAAUUGGGAGGGAAUUCGCCUUUUAUUGUGUUUGAUGAUGCGAAGAUGGAGACAGCGGUUGAGGCGGCUGUUCUUGCCAAGUUUCGGAAUAGUGGACAGACUUGUGUCACGGCGAAUCGCAUUUUCGUUCAAGCGGGGAUUUACGAGGAGUUUGCAAAGCGCUUAGCGGAAAGAAUUGGGAAGAUGAAAGUCGGUGCUGGGACGGAAGAGGGUGUUUUCGUGGGCCCUUUGACGCAUGAUCGAGCUGUGGAAAAGGCAAUGAAACAUAUCGAAGAUGCGAAAAAAUUUGGCGGGAAUGUUGUCCUCGGAGGCGCACCAGCUAAAGAAUUCGGAAAAGGGUAUUUUCUGCAACCUACGCUGAUUACGAAUAUGUCGGAGGAGAUGAUUACGACGAGAGAGGAGACUUUUGCGCCUGUUAUGGGGUUGUAUAAAUUCGAAACUGAAGAGGAGGUUAUUGAGAGGGCGAAUGAUUGUGAUGUUGGAUUGGGGAGUUUCAUUAUUACGGAGAAUCAGGCGAGGAGUUGGAGGGUUGCUGAAGCACUUGAGGUUGGAAUGGUCGGAGUCAAUGUCGGUAUGCUGAGCGCGUGUGAGUCUCCGUUUGGUGGCGUGAAGGGGUCGGGGUUUGGCAGAGAGGGUGGCACGCAGGGGAUUAAUGAGUAUUUGGUCACCAAGGCUAUGCUUAUUAAUGUUGCAAGUGA